AUGUUUAUGAGCAACUGUAAAUGUGAAUUCAGCAAUCCAGAAAGCACAAUUAUUGAUGUGUAAUGAUUUUUAUGUAGUUACAGUGCACUGUACGUGUUCCUUCGUACCUACUGCCAGACCUCAGCCUUCCACAUCUACAUACUCAACUUGGCCGCGUCAGACCUGCUGUGUGUCAGUACAUUACCCCGGGUGCUCUACUACGUCAACAAAUGGCAGUGGAACCUAGGUGACUUUCUCUGCCGGCUGAGUUUUUAUGCACUGUACGUGAACCUCUACUGCAGUGUUUUCUUUAUGAUGGCCAUGAGUUUUACUCGCUUCCUGGCCAUUGUGUUCCCGGUGCAGAACCUGAGGCUAGCCACUGAGAAAAAGGCAUGGAUAGUUUGCCUGUGCAUUUGGGUCUUCAUUUGCUCCACCAGUUCACGCUUUCUCCUCACUGGUGAGCAAAAAGAUCCAAGGACUAACAAAAUCAAGUAUUUUGAACCACCAGAAAGGGAUGGCAGCAUAAACAAGCUAAUCAUGUUGAAUUACUUUUCCCUGGUUGUGGGUUUCAUUAUUCCCUUCUUGGUAAUCUCGCUGUGCUACGCCAGUAUCAAACAAACAGCGUUACAAGGCUACAACAAGGCUAGUCGAAUGAUUGUUGUGGUGAUGUUGGCUUUCUUGGUCAGUUUUAUGCCCUAUCAUAUUCAACGCACGCUGCAUCUGCACUUCAAAAGCCGCAACGAUACCACUUGUGAGGAGGUUAACUAUAUGCAGAAAUCUGUGGUGAUCACCCUCUGCCUGGCUACUGCCAAACCGAUGCUGUAUUUUUUCUCCGGAGAGAAUUUUAGACACCGCCUGUCCUCCGUCCGCAGGAUCUCUGUAAACGGGCGGUACCAUCACAGCCGCCACACUCUCUGAAGCUCCCCGCCUGUGGAGGAGAGUGAACUGCAGGGCUGUAAUGGCUCAAGCAAACAUGGCAAAUGA